AAUAUUAUCAUAAUAUUAUUUUGCAAAUAUAUUGAUAUAUCGAUAUAAAAGCUAAUAAUAUCUUAAUAAACUCUUAUGAUUACAAUUUGUCUUUAAAUUUUAUUACUUAAUUUUAUUAUUCAAACUAUGUAUUGAUACAACAUAAUCGUAUCCAUAGCAACUUACUAUAGCAACCAUUCACGAUAUAGAUAAUGAUUAUUUAUUAUCUUAAGUAUUUCAUUUCAUCGUGUAUUAUCAUAUCGUGCAUUGUGUUAUCUCAAAAAUUAAAUACCUUCAAAACUUCGAAUCGUGAUAAAUGAGCAAAUUAAGAUUGCCUAUAGAUUAUAAAAAUAUGCAAUUAGAACUCUUAGAGGCUCUUAAAGAAGAUGAAUUAUAUAAAUUACAAAAUGAUGCUAAAAUUAGAGCAGUGGAACAAAAUGUACCUACAUAUGAAGAUUUCAGACAAAUGGUAAAUGCUGCUCACUUAAAACCUUUAAAACACUCCGAUAUUAAAUAUGAGGUAAAAAAAUUAUGGAAUCCUAUUAUUUGUACCAAUAAUUCAAAUAUGAUGCCAUUUAACAAUCCAGAAGAAGAUCAGUCUAAAGAUUGUCUAAAAUUAAAAGAGAAUGAAAAUAUUUUUAAAAAUGAAAUACCCAUUACAUAUGAUCAAUUUAUACAAUUUUGGAAAACGAUUAAAGAAUAUAAAGAAAAAUUUAAUUAUCUUAAAAUUUUAAGACAUAAUUUACGAGAGAAAAUUUUUUAUACAGAAAUUCCUCCAACAUUAUUUGUCGAACUAAUAGACAUAUGCUUACAAAAUGUUUCGGAUGUGAAUAAUAUCGAAUUUAUUAUUGAUAUUUUAUGCAUUUUGAGUAAAUGUAAUCGAUUUUACUUAACAAUCAAUUUUAUGAAACAAAACGAAAAAGAAAUGUGUACACAACUUUUCCACAAUUUAUUUAAAAAUGGAGAAUAUCAAAAUGAAACAUUUAAGGAUACAAUAAAAAAAUUAGCGUUACAUUAUGAAGUUAUACUUGAAUAA